AUGGACGACCAUUAUGUUGUUUUGCUUGAAAAGAUUAUUGCAGAAAAUAUACGCUUGAGAGAAGUGAUCGAAAUGCGAGAUAGCGAGCAGCGAAAGAUGAUACAGGAAUUGACAUCUAAAAUGGCGCGUAGCUCUAAUUCAGGACCUGAAAGAGCGAACAGAAAAAAAACACGGAAGAUCCCAAUCCCGCAACAAUGCCGGGUAAGUGUAUUCAAGAUGUUUUCAAUGGCUUGUUGACAGCAUACGAAAGAGCAAUGCAUGCAAGUGACUUCAUUUCUGUCAUUUUGAAACAAACGGUAUUUGUACCUGAAUCAAGAUAAUAUUUGCUUUGCUCCUCAAACAUUUUUGUAUAUUAUAUUGUUUUUCCGCAAUCAGUCGUUUUACGUUUCUGAGGUGUAGGGAACUUGCCAGAAACAUUUAAUCAUCGUUGAAAUUGAAACAUCGUGUGGAGUUGUGAACACUGUAAACAGGGGAAAACUGCAGAGCUCUGGUAAUAACUCUUUGUUUUCUGAGGAAAGGUGAGAAGUGAAGUAGUGUGGUAGCCUCAUUUUUAUCUAAUUUAUUACAACAAGACUUCCGAACGAUGUACAAAUCACUAAAAAGGAAUGAAGCUUUUGAAAGCUUCAAUUUGGAUGAGAGGUAA